GCCUCCUUCCACAUGCCAUUGGCCUCCGUUGUUUGUUCACCUAGUCAACUCAUCUCUAUCCACAAAAAGGGAUCUAAAAGCAAACCUUACACAUCGUUUCCUCUCCAUUUUCAUAUGUUGCUGUGCUGAUGGGUGGAGGAGCUACCUUUUUCUCAGUCGUUGUUCUACUUCUAGUUCAAUGCAUCGGCAAAGGAACAAGAGCUGCGAACCUCAGCAGCAAUGCCCAUCAGGACUACACUCAGUUCCUUCUUGCGAAUGGGGUUGCUCGUACGCCUCCAAUGGGGUGGAACAGCUGGAAUCAUUUCCAAUGUAAGAUUGACGAGUCGACUGUCAAAGCCACAGCUGAUGCUCUUAUUUCAACUGGUUUGGCCGCACUCGGAUACAAAUAUGUGAAUAUUGAUGACUGCUGGGGAGAGGGGAACAGAGACUCGAGGGGUAAUCUGGUAGCAAGAUCUUCAACUUUUCCUUCUGGAAUCAAGGCUCUUGCAGAUUAUGUUCAUGCAAGAGGCUUAAAACUUGGCAUAUACUCAGAUGCUGGUUACAGCACAUGCAGUAAGACAAUGCCAGGCUCUUUUGGGCAUGAGGAUCAAGAUGCAAGAACAUUUGCUGAGUGGGGGGUUGACUACUUGAAGUAUGAUAACUGUUAUAAUGAUGGUUCCAAGCCUCAGGAUAGGUAUGCAAGGAUGAGUUCUGCAUUACACAAGGCUGGCAGACCGAUCCUUUACUCUCUCUGUGAAUGGGGACAAGAGAAUCCAGCAACAUGGGCUAGUUCGAUCGGUAAUGCAUGGAGGACUACAGGGGACAUUAAAGACAACUGGGACAGCAUAACAUCAAUUGCAGAUGCAAACAACAUUUGGGGAAGAUAUGCAGGGCCUGGCAGGUGGAAUGAUCCUGACAUGUUGGAAGUGGGCAAUGGAGGGAUGAGUUUAGAAGAGUACCGCUCUCAUUUUAGCAUUUGGGCUCUUAUGAAAGCUCCUCUACUCAUUGGAUGUGAUGUCCGAUCUUCAAGCAAAGAGACUCUUAGUAUCCUUGGAAACAAGGAGGUGAUAGAUGUUAAUCAGGAUCCACUGGGAAUUCAAGGAAGGAAAAUACAUUCCAAAGCCAGCGUAGAAGUUUGGGCUGGGCCAUUAUCAAAGAGAAGAGUGGCGGUAGUAUUAUGGAAUAGAGGCUCAUCUCAGGCUCCCAUAACAGUGGGAUGGAGGGAAAUUGGUCUAUCUCCAUCUAAUCCUGUCACAGUCAGAGACUUGUGGACUCAUUCAUUUCUUUCGAGAAGUAUGCGUUCCCGAUUAACAGCAUAUGUUGCUCCCCAUGCUUGUAAGAUGUAUAUCCUCACCCCACUCUAAAAGUUUAAGGGGAUUCUAGAAUUCUUAUAAAUUCUAAGUGUACAACAUAUGGCCCCAGUUUCAAAGGCAGAGUUGAAUGAUAAAAAAACAUUUGCCUGGACAAUAGGAACAUUAGUUGAAGGCAAACUGUUGUUCUUCCCUCGAUAAUUUAUUUUUGAAAUAGCAUUGCUCCUGUCUAAUGAACAUAUCUCAUCAUGUAAGAGGAUAAGUUGGUGCCCAAUAAUUGAGUAAAGUUCAAGGAAAAUGAACAUGAUUUAAUGAUCUCAA